UGAUGAUAUUUCAACACCGUUUCUGUUUCCUUUUUUGACUCUUGCAAAUCUUAAUCCAAAAAAAGGAAUAAAAUAAUAAUUAAAGAAACAGAUAAACGAAAGCUCUCAGAACGAGUCAGAACUCUCUCAGUGCCAAAGCACCCAACUCUCUCUCUACUCUCUACUAUAAAAGAGAUCAAUAAAAAUGACCCAACACCCUUAAUUUUUUUUUUUCCUUCACUCAGAUCACUCUCAGGGAAAAAGGGUCUAUAUCAGAAGGAAGUCUACACCUAGAAAACAUGGCUCAGGCAAAGUACUCCCGAAUUGAUGGGAGGAAGUCUUCAAGUUACUGUUCGACUAUAUCUAUAGUGGUGUUUGUUGCUUUUUGUCUAGUUGCGAUUUGGACUUUAAUGUCAUCCAUUGCUCCGGAUCAAAAUCCAGACUUGGCUUCUGAGGACGCUGGAAAUGAGGUGAAACAAAUGGUAACUGAAAAUGGUUCUAGGAAUUUCAAGGGCAGUUCAGGUGAUUUGCUGGAGGAUUCAACUAAUGAAGAUGGGAACACUGGGAAUGAGCAAAACAUAGUUGAAAGGGAGUCUGAGAAUAGAGCUGAGGAAAAUCAGGACGAAGGGGUGAAGGUGAACUCUGAUGAUAAGUCUGAGUCUGAAGAGGAGCCUAAGAGACAGGUUGAAAAUGAUGGGGAGGGAAAAACUGGAGACGGGGGAACAGACGGAGGAGUUGGUGAAGUGAUGGAUGCUAAGCAGACAGAAUUUGAUGAUAAUAAAUCAGAGUUGGUUGAGGGUGAGAAAAAAUUGGAAACAGAGGAAAGUAAUCUGACUGAGGAGAAGAAAGUUGAUCAGCCUGAGAUCUUCCCUGCUGGUGCCCAGUCAGAACUAUUGAAUGAAGCUACUACUCAAAAUGGGGCAUUUUCAACCCAAGCAACAGAGUCACAGAAUGAGAAGGAAUCACAACUAGCUUCAAUAACUAAGGACCAAAGUGGCUAUAGCUGGAAAGUCUGUAAUGUCACUGCUGGGCCAGACUACAUCCCUUGCCUUGACAAUUUGAAAGCAAUUCGAAAGCUUCCAAGUACGGGCCACUAUGAGCAUCGAGAGAGGCACUGUCCGGAUGAAGCUCCCACUUGUCUCGUUCCUCUACCUAAAGGAUAUAAAAUCCCAAUUCAGUGGCCUAAAAGCAGGGAUAAGAUAUGGUAUUAUAACGUUCCCCACACCAAGCUUGCAGAGGUUAAGGGGCACCAAAAUUGGGUUAAAGUUACUGGUGAAUACCUCACUUUUCCUGGAGGUGGAACUCAGUUCGUAAAGGGCGCUCUUCAUUACAUUGAUUUUGUUCAAAAAUCUCUUCCUGAUAUUGCAUGGGGAAAAAGAAGUCGUGUAUUAUUGGAUGUUGGGUGUGGAGUGGCUAGCUUUGGAGGUUUUCUUUUCGAUAGAGACGUUCUUGCAAUGUCAUUUGCUCCCAAGGAUGAGCAUGAAGCUCAAGUACAAUUUGCACUUGAACGAGGAAUCCCUGCCAUAUCAUCAGUUAUGGGCAGCAAAAGACUUCCUUUCCCUGGGGCUGUAUUUGAUGUUGUCCACUGUGCACGCUGUAGGGUCCCUUGGCAUGUUGAAGGUGGUAAGCUUCUCUUGGAGCUAAAUCGUGUCUUGCGACCUGGAGGUUAUUUUGUCUGGUCUGCCACUCCGGUUUAUAGGAAGAAUCCAGAAGAUUCUGGCAUUUGGAAAGCAAUGUCUGAGCUAACAAAGUCAAUGUGCUGGGAUCUGGUGGUGAUUAAAAAGGACAAAUUCAAUGAAGUGGGUGCAGCAAUAUACAGGAAACCAACUUCCAAUGAGUGCUAUGACAAAAGACCAAAAAAUGAGCCUCCCCUCUGCAAAGAAUCUGAUGACCCAAAUGCAGCCUGGAAUGUACCACUGCAAGCAUGCAUGCACAAAGUACCGGUUGAAAAAUCAGAGCGAGGGUCUCAGUGGCCUGAACAGUGGCCACUAAGGUUGGAGAAGCCACCUUACUGGCUUAAUUCUCAAGUUGGAGUCUAUGGUAAAGGUGCUGUGGAGGAUUUCACUGCUGACUACCAGCACUGGAAAAAUGUUGUCUCCCACUCAUAUUUGAAUGGGAUGGGAAUCAACUGGUCUUCCGUGAGGAAUGUUAUGGACAUGAGAGCUGUAUAUGGAGGGUUUGCUGCGGCACUAAAAAACUUGAAAGUGUGGGUAAUGAAUGUAGUCCCAAUUGACUCUCCAGACACACUCCCAAUAAUAUAUGAGCGUGGUUUAUUUGGAAUAUAUCACGACUGGUGUGAAUCAUUUAAUACCUACCCCAGAUCCUAUGAUCUUCUCCAUGCAGAUCAUCUCUUCUCCGGUCUCAAAAAGAGGUGCAACUUAAAGGCAGUGGUUGCAGAAGUUGAUAGGAUCCUCAGGCCAGAAGGAAAGCUGAUCGUACGGGACAGUGUUGAAACCAUACGUGAAGUUGAGAACAUGGCCAAAUCUUUACAGUGGGAAAUCCGAUUAAUUUAUACGAAUGACAAGGAGGGAUUGAUCUGUGCCCGGAAGACAAUGUGGCGUCCCACAAAGGUCGAAACAAUUAUGUCGGCUAUUUCUUAAGCAUGAUACUUAAGUUUAGUCUGUCCAAGGCUGCUGUGCUACUGAUACUACUAGCACUCUAGCCCAUUUAGGUAUUAUUAUUCGUCCUCAAGCUUUUUCAGUCAAUGAGGCCAUACCUGCAGUUCUAUAUUUAGAUGUAAAUUAUAUACGGUUGAUUAUUCUUUUAGUCCCAGUAAUGUACUUCACUAUAUUUAUUCCUUCAUCAAUUAUAGACAAGAUUUAAUGAUAAA